ACCCCUCAAGCCACAUGGAAGGUGGUUCGCUGGCACACCAACAAGAUGUAGAAAACGACACACAAUGCCAGAUUGCAGAUCUUGUAUAUGCUUUGUCCAGUUUCAAAGGACUUGGCCGUGACCAGCUCUCUUUCACAACUGGCGAUAAGAUCUGUAUUCUCACAAAAACUAAUGAUGACUGGUGGUGGGGGGAGAAAGAUGGUUGCCAAGGUUAUGUACCUGUCAAUCAUUUGACCUACACAUCAACACAAGAAAUAUUCUGGCAAGAUCAGGAAUAUUUUGGUAACUAUGGUAACCUGAAACUCCAUCAUGAAAUGCUCAGUGACCGUCCUAGGAACUUGUGUUACCAAAAAGCCAUCCAAAGGAAUGCAGAGUACCUCAAAAAUAAGGUAGUUCUGGAUGUUGGCUGCGGGUCCGGUAUUCUCAGCCUUAUGUGUGCCAAGUACGGGAAUCCAAAGAAGGUGUAUGCUGUAGAGGCCAGUGAUAUGGCGGAGAAAACUGAAGGUGUUGUGCGUGACAAUGGAUUUGAGGACAUCAUCUGUGUCAAGCACAGCUACAUCGAGGAUACUCAGCUGGAUGAUGAAGUGGAUCUGAUCAUUUCAGAGUGGAUGGGCACAAUCCUUUUGUUUGAGAUGAUGAUUGAGUCUGUGAUCAUUGCCCGAGACAAGUUCCUGAAGUCGGAGGGUGUGAUGUGGCCGUCCCCGGCCAGUCUGUACCUGGUGCCCUGCAUGGCUCAUGACAAACAUAAAGAACUGGUACAUUUCUGGGACAACCAGUACGGCUUUGACUUCUCAUCACUCAAAGGUCCAGCCAGCAGUGAGUUCUUCGACAAGCCAUACCACAACUAUGUGUUACAGAGGGACCAGUGUCUGGCCACGGAGACCAAGCUCUUCUCUCUUGAUCUCCACACUGUCGUCAUUGGCGACCUGGAGAAGAUCACGCAGCAGUUUGAAUUCCACAUCACCAAGGAUGGCCAACUUCAUGGCUUCUCCACAUGGUUCCAGACAGACUUCAGGGGACUUGGGUCAGGGGUGAAAAUGACCAUCUUGAACACUGGACCCGAUUAUGACUUGACACACUGGAAGCAGAAUUUGUUUUUGUUGGACAAUCCUUUGGAUGUUAAAUCCAAAGACCGGCUGGAGGGAGUGGCGACGCUUACACGGCACCCAGAGUGGAGACGACAUCUUAGGCUUCGGCUAAAGUUUGAUCACAUCACCAGUGAAACAAAUCAGACUGAAUCCCAUGAGAAGGAGUUCCUGGUAUGGAGGUGACCAAGCAGCCAUGAAGACAUCCCUCCUGACAUUGCUCAACAUUUAUCAUGUUUAGUUACUUGUUGCACAUGAUGUUUUACUGGUAUAUUAUUUGGGCUGACAAUUGGCAUUACUGAUAGUCAGUGGGUGUUGUUUCUCCAUCAGGUAUUGUUGGUUACCACAAGUAUUGUAGUGAGUGUACAACACUGCUUCAUCUUCAGGUUUGCAGCGUUUUCUUUUUUUGUAGCAAACAUAAUUUAGCACCUUUUUACUUGCAUGCCCCGAUGUUACACUGUUCUACAUGACUGACUGGUGCUACACUGUUUCAUGUGGACCUGAUAUUAACACUGUUCUUCGUACAGCACCACGUAUUGACACUUUUCUAAUCUCAGGACCAGUGUUUACUCUGCACUUCAAGCAUGGCCUGGUAUUACUUUGUGUGUGACCUGAUAUUAACACUGUUCUACAAACAUAACCUGACAUUACACUGUUCUUAACACAUGGCCUGAUUUAAUAAUAUCUGCAGAGGUACAGAUCAGCUGCGUACCUGUGUAAAUUACGCAAAUAUUUAUGUGAAAACUGAGUUCCUAUUAAGUCUAUUGAAGUUUUGUAAAUACUCAAUAAAGUUGAUAUUACAUGCUUACAAACAUAAAUAGAUAAAAUAACCGAGGUAUAUUGAGAGGUUCUUUUUCAGCACAUGGAACUUGGCAACUUGCAGUCUUUCUUAUCGUUUCUCAUAUAACAGAUCUAUGGUGUCCUAUAAUUGCCAGCGCAUGGCGCGUAACAAAACAAACGAUGUCACAUAAAAAAAAGACGUCUUGCGCGACGUCACUUUGUAAAAUAUUUUUGUUAUUUAUGACUGCUUAACAUAAUGGGCGACGUCUCACUAUAAUUCAUGGGGUCAGUGCCAGAACACCUGAAGUGAAAACUUGUAAGAAAUUGUUAAAUUGGAAAAUCAGGGAAUAACUUUUGUGAUGCAGUUGUACUGCUAGUGAUCUCUAAUCAUUGAUUUCAUGUUCAACAUAUAUUACUACUUAUUUAAGUAAACUAGUCGAGGGGUUAGUGCCAGAAAAAAAAAGAAGAAAUUUCAAAUUUAGUUAACAGUAUUAAUGCGCUCACAUACUGAUAUGUUAUUCAUACAAAAAAGCACCUUGCAAUCAGGAGCUUAAUUAGGUGGUUAUGCAUAACAACUUAUCAAUUAUCUCUCCUUUCAGUUUAGACCAGUUUAUGUUUUGUUAAUUUCCACUUUUCAGUAUUGCUCAACUGCUCUAGCCACGCUUGAUAUUCUCAUGCCAUAAACCCGUAAGCGUGACAGACUUUCCAUACUUAAGGUGUUCUGGCACUAACCCCUCGACCAGUUUACUGAAAUAAGUAGUAAUGUUGAACAUGAAAUCAGUGAUUAGAGAUCAAUAGCAGUACAACUGCAUCACAAAAGGUUAUUCCCUCAUUUUCCAAUAUAACAAUUUCUAAACACGAUGUCGCCCUCGACAUCGCUUUUGUAUUUUUGUCGUAGAUCAUUCCUGUGUAUUUCUGCAGGACGUCGUCGUCGACUUCGUCUUUUUUAGCCGAUGUCGUAGGCAACUUCAUACACAACGUCGUUCAUUUUUUAUGCACCACGCGAUGGCAAUAAUAGUACACCAUACAGAUCAGAUAUAAAUAACAAACACGUAAACCAACAUUUAAACUCUAUUAUAUUUUUACAAUUUAUGGAAAAUGGCAAAAUACCCAGUUGAGUUUGAGUGAGCUGGGUACAAUUUAUUUAGUUACUCAAAGGAAAAUUAGGAUACCCAAUUGAGAUGAACACAAGCGAGUACAUAAUUCACUGUUUUACAGGCAUGACCAGAUAUUAACACAGUUUUAUAAGCAUGACCUGAUAUUAACACUGUUUUACAAGAAUGACCUAAUAUUAACACUGUUUUUCAACAUGACCUGAUAUUGACACUGUUUUACAGGAUUGAUAUGAUAUAAACACUGUGUUUUAACACUCCUUUUCCAUGCAUGACAUGUUAACUGUUGGACAUACAUGAAGAGAUUUUAACACUGUUAUGUAUACAUACAUAGCAUUAUGUUAACACUUUCUUACAUCUAGGACACAAUCUGACCUGAUUUACAUGCCUGACCUGACCGGAUGUGCGUGACACAAUAUUGCACAAUAUAAUUGUUGGACACCAUGCAUUACACACUUGCAACACUGAAUGACACAGGGAUAACACUGUUCCACAUGCAUGUUACAACAGAUGCAACUGAUGCAAUGCAUGCCCUUUCAACAACCUCCCAUACUUUAUGGAUUGGGAAAUGUUCUUCACAAUCACUCUGUCUGUGUUAAAUCAGUAACAGUUUAGUUGUAUGGAGUGUGGAUCAAGGCAGGUUCCACAGCUACUCAGGAAACACACCAACUGGAUACAGCUUGACACCAGUGUAUGAAAUAAGGCCCGUCUGACCUCCCGAGAUGGGUUAGAUUUCUGACGGACAGUCUACAUUUACAGCUUGCCAGCCCGAUGGUCUGGUAAAAUUUUAGAUAUCAUGUUCCAUACAUCUGAUUUAAUUCACCAUAUCAUUAAUUUUUCAUUGUAACUAAAAAUUGAGUUAUUCUCUUUGGAUUGUCUGGUCUGGUUAAAUCCAUUUUGGGCUGGUAACAUUUUGAAGUUACCCGCCCUGAUGUCUGGCUGGGUUUUUGGCUUAUUUCAUACACUGUUGAUACAGCUUGGUACAACCAGAUACAACCAGGUACGAGCAGACACUUGAUUGUGUUAGUUAUCGAUUGAUAUGUUUGAUCUCACGGUUGGAGUUAUGUCCAUGAAUUGCGUAUGGAUUGUUUGGGUCUAAAAAUAUUAGAGUUUUCUCCUUUCUUUAAGAAAUGUAUAAUCUGGGGAGAUUCUAUUAUAGAGUAAUGAAAUGUCCAAGCCCAUGUUGCACAUAUCCUUCCACAGAUAUGAUUCGCUGGAUGCAUGAAUGCCAAGUUGGACUGUGGGCUAUUGGUGUAUUUCAGCAAGUUAAAUGAGCAGGGAACGCAGUGUGCUUUUUUCUUCUGUAGGUUCUUGAAGACAAUAUAAUGAGUCAGGAUCUUUGAUAGUUAGGUGGGAGUUAAAGCAAUCUAAUGAUUAAUUCAUUCCUGCCAUGUUUGUUUUAGUUGAAGUUUGCCUGCUUUCCUGUGGGUCAUGAAUCCUACUCCAGUGAUUCAGCAGGCAUUCAAAGGCUAUCGGCAAGAAAACCAAUGAGUGCUUCAUUGUAUUGUUCAUGCAAUAGUAUUGUGAGGUCUGUACCUUAUUCAGAUUGGCUCAUGUGCAAUAAACUAUUUUAUCAUAG